AUGUCCGAAAGCCUGAAAGAGACCCUAGAUGCCAUCAGAAGCAACAAAGUCGCAGACCGGCAGAAAGGCUACAAUGCCCUCCGCGUGGCUUUUGACAGAGACUCGGCUGUUCUUCACUUCGAUCGAGCAGGCAAUGGGAAGCCUUGGCUUGCAGUGUUUCAGGCCCUCUUCGAGGCCUUCACCAACGAGUGCAAGGCGUGCGAACGGAACAAAGCGUUCGCGGACAGCACCGGUCGAGGUUCCACAUACAUUCGACGACUAGGUGAUGUAGCAUCCCUUGUUCGUUGGUUGACGGAGCGCAGCCUCACGAGGCUCAACUCCUUCGUUCUCAAGCCACUCCUUCUCCAUCUCACUGGUGCAAUCGUGGACCGUUCUGCUGGACAACUGCUCGCGCCGGUUGCCCUACCGUAUGCGAAGGCGAUCAAAUCUAUCAUCACGUACAAACCUCACCUCUACAGUCUUAAGGACAAGACAUGGCACGAAUUGCUUGCUCUCGCGUUCAAUGUCGUUGUUGGCGCUGCACCCAAGCGUAGAUUGUUGGAGCACCUCGUUUCUAACGAUAGCGAUGGAAUGGAUGUUGAUUCGGGCGAGGAAGUUAUCGUGGAGGGUGAGGGAGCCCAAUCUUCUGCGGGGAGCGUCGCAGGUCCGUCGACACCCCGGACGAAGCGUUCCCGCGAGGACAGUCUACCGUCCCGCUCCGCUCCACGCGCUACAGCUCCCAGAAGCUCCCAACCUGUGUCCCUCGAGCAAAUCGAAUUCAUGUCUGUCAUUGCCAUCCUACUCCGCUCUUCGACCGUUUCCAUCCUCGACGAAGUGGCAGAAAGCGAUAGCGACCGCGAAACGUUGUUGCAGAGGAAGGAGCAGGACCCCCACGUGUUUCCGCGUCGCCUUCUGAACUACUUUUCACGUUUCCUACGCAUUCACACUGGUGACACCUCGCUUCAUCCCGACUAUCUCAUCGCUCUUUCGGCUGCUCUGUCUCAUCUGACGCUGAACUGCCGACAAGCCGUCAGCCGCUUCGCCAACGAGAGUUGGGAUGCACUAGUGAACAUGUGGGGGACGAAGAAUCAACGCAUGAAGGAGGACCUCGUCGUCGUAUUCCGCUUGCUAUUCCCUCUGUUAACGGCGGAACCUCUGGAGGAUGAGGCAAGCACGGACCCUACUGGGGCUUUGGCAUCUCUCUGGACAGCGCUUGAUAGUCAAGUGCACAGCCGCUGGGGUGUCCACAACCUCUCCAUCGAAUCUUUGCAGCUUCAUCUGAUGGAUGAGCACGGCUGGGAGAGUAGCAAGCGGGCAUUUGUCGCGGAGACCUUCCGCUAUGGUUGGCACUUUGAUCCCGAGCAGGCACUGUCUUGGGCCACGCUUGAGCUUCAGGCGGACUGUGCAGAGCAGCUCUACCUACGAUCAGAAUCAACUUACGUGAAAGUCGUCUCAUCUAGGAAGCGUGUCAAGGUCGAGAACCCUGUGUUAUCCUUGCUACAGUCCAUCAGGUUGCAGGCUACCCAACAAGUCCGAACGCAUCACCUCCAGGUCAUCCUUUUCUUUGUAGACCGACACUGGCAUGUUCUGCAUGGUCAAUUACAGCACGAUAUCGUCAGCACCUUAGUCGCGUUCGUCUCGUUCGAGGACGCGGUCAUACAAUCUUGGACUUUUCUCUGCCUCGCCGCUAUCGCGCAUGCAGAAUGCGCCUCAGCGCCGCAGUAUGCUGUUGGCUCCCUCUCGUCCAAGGCACCUGCGAUCUGGGAUUCCGUCUGGACGCAUGCCAUGCGCCGCGCAAAUGUGCCCGCUGUCUCGCGAAGCGCGUGCCACACCGCCCACGUUCUCCUGACGUACUCCAAGCGCCUGCUUUCGUCCCACCGAGUCUUGAUCGAGAUCGAGUCUUUCGCCAAGGAUCUGGAUGUGCAAGGCCCAGCCUACCCUUUCGACUCCGUAUGCGACUUCAUGGUUCUAUGCCUUCGCAUUGCCAACCAGGACGUCCGGCUGUACCGCAUGCAGAUGGAAGAGAAGGUCCUUUCGUGGCUCACUGAGUCGUGGAGAAUUGGUAGUGAACGGCGUACGUCCAUGCCUCUGCACACCACCGCCCAUAUCCACGCUCUGCUCGAGGGCAUCACCGGCUCGUCGAAGCGGGUACGGCUGCAGUGCGAGAUGAUGCUCCCCCACUGCGCCAUCGUCGACGCCGUAGCUGAGGAGGCGCAGACGAAGGUCAUCCGCGACUUCCAGCUGCAAGCGCGUCUUCCUCCAUAUCGCAGGCGCCAUUCCCGUAAUACGGAGUCCCUGUCGUUGAUUUCUAGCACAGAGGACGAUGCUGCGGACAAGACGACUUCGCCCUUCGGUGAUAGCACCGAUCUGACCCCUCCACGAGGUCGAGAACGGAGGAUCUCCGCAUUUCUGCUGAAGUCUCUAGAGGAACUUGCCACUACGGUGGGGCCGAACGGCACGAGCAAUGGUUUCCCUACCGCAGAGAGGGUCCGCUCGUCUCUGGACCUGGCCGUGACGGCUCUAUGUUUCGAAGCAUCACUCCUAAUGAAUGGAACACAGUCCAACAGGCGGAUUCUGCAGGCUGCUUGCAAGCUGCUUGGCUCUGUCGUCCCGCUGUUGACCGACUCGAAAUGGAAGGCAGAGGAGAGAAGGCUUAUCCUGCACGCGCUCGACCCACUGACGCGGGCGGACAACGACGCCGAAGACGCGGAAUGGGUAACACUUGUGCCGCCCGGGGAGCGAACUGGGAUCAGAACGCAGGUUCUCAGAAAGCUCCUGUCAACCGCGACCACGAGCGAAUCCAUUACUGCUCAUCAGCGCGAUCUGCAGCGAUUUGUCUUCCGGAGCGCUGAUGUUCAAGAUGCCUUUGUAGGGGUGUUGACUAUACUUCGGAAUCUGGUGCGCAUAUCGCUAGGCCAAGACCUGGCCGCCAAUUCGCAGAGCAUGGCUAUCGUAGACGAUUCUGAUGGGUUUGGACCUGUCCGCGAUGCACAUGCCGUCACAUCUCUAUCAACUACACGUUAUGCCCAGCAAGACCAAGUUCACAAUCGCCACAUAGUCGACGCUUGCGUGACAGCUCUAGCUGUGGUACCUAUCUUGCAGUCAUCCUCUGGAGAACCCACCCGCGAUCGAGCUCUGACAGACCUCGUCCUGCAGGCUCCUGUUGACCAGUUCUUGGUCCUAGGGCCAGCGUACUGCGAGCAAGUCGGCCGGAGGACGCUCAACCUCAGCACUUCAAUCUUGGAAGGUCUUUUCACGCAACUGGAGCUUGCUUGCGGGCCGUACGCCUACAGUCACAGCGAAGAAACCCACCUAUUAAUCGUGAAGGUUCUAGAUAAGACAUCUCACGUUUGGAUGGAGCCUACGAUCGCGGCCAGCGCGGUUGGACAGCGUGCGCGGCUCUGUUGCUGGAAUUUGGUCGACACACUGCAGUUGAAGAGAGUCAGAGGAACAUUACGAAGAUGUUCAAAUCGACGUUCCUGGCGGGUUAUCGACGCCAUCAUUCGGUUCCUCGAUGGAUACCUCGCUAAGGAUCCAAGCCAGGAGAUUUGGGUGAUGCCUACUGACGAGAGCGGAACCCCCGACGAAUCCGAGCUGCCAGCUGCGGUGCUGCCUGCCUUGGGAAACGACGACGACAUCAGGAUUCGCUUUCGUAUCGCUGCAACAAGUCCUCGCUUGUUGACUGUUGGACGGCUUGCUAAGCGCGAUUUGAUGUACGAAGUCUAUCAUGAGAUCCAUAAGAAUCUAUCCACGCAGCAGGAGAACUACGAAAGCAUACUUACUCGCCUUCUGUGCUUGAGCAAUGUGGUCAUAUCCGACGCUUCAGUUCGGCGGGGCGCAUACUGGCACUUGCUGGAGGUCGCCUUCUACUCUACGGUCUAUCUUCGCCACCUGAAAGCAGUGCUCAACGGGAUCGUAGAGCGGAUGGGUAUCGAGACGCUUUCCGACUUGUUCAACUGCUAUGCCUCGCAGUUCGCAUAUUCCAUCCGCCGCGCUCGCAUCGAUCUCUUCAAGUUCCCUUCCGACCUUCUUGGAUACCGCGAUCGUAGGGAGUGUGCUGAGGCCACUUUCCACUCAUUCACACCGACGAACCUAUUGGAUGAGGGAGACGCGGAGGAGGUUGAAUAUGGCAAGGAGCUCUUCGUGCGACAUUGUCAAGCUGUGCAGAAAAGCGAGAAGGCGGGCUUAGAUGAAUGCUUUCCCGAGCUGGUUGCUUACGAGAUUGUCUACUGGCUGAACCAUACACCGGAUCUGCAGGUGGAAGCACAACUCGAGGACAGGCUGCGCACCAAGACGGGUUACAAUAAGACCAAUUCCUCGUUCAAAGAUCGACUUCAGCUAGAGGCGGAUGGGAUCGUGGUAGCGAUCUUGAGGAGCUUCGGCGACCAGGACAUCUCUCUCAAUGGCCCUAUCCUAGACGCGUUACAGACUGCCGUAGACCAGCACGCACUUGGGGCAUUCAAAUCAAUCACUCAAUAUCGCGGCCUCGAUAUCGUAGAAGCUCACAAACCUAACCUGCCAUUCUACCCUACCCCUGUCAUUCUCCACGCCUUGGAAUGGCUCCGUACCCGCGUGAAGGAGGUGGACUCUCCUGCCUUAACCUAUCACGUCCUCCACGAGCUCUUUGCCGACAUUGAGGCUUCUCCCUUGGUCAACGAGCAGCUGCGUUUGCUCAACGCUGUUUCCCUCUGGGUCGCUUGUCAUCACGCUCACUUCCAGGAAGAGAGUCUCCUCCGUAAUCUCACCUUGAGAGCUGUAACGAUGCUCGCGCAGGUCGAUCUCGCGCGUGGUGCACAAUCGCUGCUAGAAUGGUGCUUCGCUAAUUACAGGACGUCCUCUGUCAAAGCAGACUAUCGUCUAGCGGACGUCCUUAUCCGCACCAGUACCAUCGCCCAGGACUUCUCGCAGACGUCAGGCGAUGCAGCCGUGGCCAACCUGGGUGCAGACCUCCUCGCUUGGGUUGAAAAGCAGGCGGAUACCUUGAGGAGCCGAAAGUCGCUGAAGAAGCAAGUCGUUCGGGCACUUGCUGCAUGGCCGCGCGACCUACCCGAAGCAUUGCGGGCAGCAUGUGAAGAAGUACAGUUCUCUGACCUAACGUCUGUCCUCGUUGACUAUGGCGUCUCGUCAAGCAAGUUCCGGCUCGUUCGACGGAUUCACGACCUAGCAGCACAGCACGAGCUGGAUGAACACUUCAGUAGAUCUGACUUUUGGAGGCUCAAGGGGUGCAUUCCACCGGAGAGAUACCUGGUAGAAAGCGACAUCGGCGCCUUCACUUCUCUCCUCAUGCUUCAUCAUGGACAAGUGGACAGCAUCGGCAGCGAGCAGUUCGAGCCGGAGUCUGUUAGAGUCCUGCAUGCUCGGGCUGCGGCGACCACAGUUCCAGCCCGCAAGGACUUUCCUCCUCGCGUAGACGUACAUCUGGCACGUUCCAGCAUCGUCGUAUCCUUACGUGCCAUGCUAGACGUUUCUACCGCAGCUCAGGUCCAUGUCGCCUAUCAGACUCUGCGCGCGCUCAUGUCUGUCCCGUCCUCGGAGUCCUACACGGGCCCUUCGUGCUCAGGAGAUGUUCGGCGCGAAUUGGAGUACCUACAAACUUUUGCAAAACCAUUCCGGAAAGUGGAUGCUCCCGAUUUGCACCAUGUCUUGAGAAGCGAGGAGAUGCUGCAGCUAGUGGUGGACUUCGAUUCCUGGAUCGCACGUCUCACAACCAUUCUUUGCGAUGUGCUUGGCGCUCGCGAUCCGUUCUUCUCGACCUUGGCCCCAGUUCUGCAAUCCAAUCGCGGCUUCGCUGAAGAGGUGCUCCCAGUGGUGGUCCAUUGUCUUCUCCAACUCGAGCACCAAUCACAUUCAUCCGAGUUGCUAGGGUCUGUGCGGAAUGUGCUCUCCGAGUAUUUUUCUGCUGUUCUGUCGUGUGGAGAUGCCGCUACCCCUUGUCAUCGCGCUAUCAUCAGCGUGGUCCUUCACCUCCGCCGGUUCCAUCCCUCUGCAGAGGUCAAGGAUGCUCUUGCCUACAAUAAGUGGUUGGUCGUUGACUACACCGUUCUCAGUCGUUCGGCGAUCAAGUGUAGCGCAUUCACCACCGCUCUCCUUUUCCUCGAAAUGGCCGCUGAGUCCAAUUCUUCGGAGAGCAUAGCUGAGAGUUCUGUGGUGGAGCAAAUCCUCUUUGAGAUUUAUAGUCAUAUAGACGAGCCAGACGGAUUCUACGGCAUACGUACGGGCGAUCUGCGCAACUUCUUCGUCAAACGCCUCCACCACGAGAACCAAUGGGAGAAGGCCUUUCGUUAUCACGGCGCAAUGGCCGAGUCUGGGUCCGCAGGUCCCUCAAAUACCGAUGGCAUCGUGCAGUCCAUGUAUGCUUUCGGUUUCAAUCAGCUCGCCUUGAGCACGAUGCAAAACUUCUACGCGGACACGAACAAUACUACGGAAUCGAGUACCCUCGCAUACAACCUCGGGUGGCGAGCCGAUAGCUGGGAUCUUCCGGAGAAUCUCGGAGAUGGGAACUCGGGGGCGACACUGUACUUGGCUUUGAGGGCAGUAUACCGCGAAAGAAGUCCACAGGCCGUCGAUGUCAUCCUGCGACGGGCGUUCACCCAGGAAAUGAACCGACUUCGUGAUCUCGGCAACGAGAACUUCACUGAGAUUCGCCAAGUUGUCCAGAACCUCAUGUGUCUGAGCCAGGUUAAACAAUGGAGAGGGGAAGGGAUCCAGAAGGCCCUGAAGUCUAGGUGCAUCGAUGCUGCCGAUUGGAAGCCGUUUACGCAUAUUGAUCCCGCAUUCGAUUUCGCCAACAUGGAGGCUAUUAUGGCGACGCGCAUGUCCCUCAUCCGCUCCGCACGACAAAAAGAGCAGCGCUUGCAGAUCGGCGAUCUCAAAUCGCCUUUUUGUGAUGCACUCCUUGAACUAGAGAAGUCCUGCCUCUUGUGCCUUUCCGAAAGAGCCCGUGACGUGCAUCAGUCCCAAAUCGCCCUGAACUCCGUCACACGUGCCCAGAAUCUAGACCGAGCAGGAUCUCCGGAUGUCGACCAGGAGUUUGCGAACGUGUUAUGGUUGAUCAAGGAACCCAAACUCGCAGUGCAGUCACUGGCUAAUCUAGUCUCGUCGCGCAUCGCAGAUCAAGCCGCAAAGGAAGCACAAGCCGAAAUCCAGCGCGCCACGUUACUUGCUCGCUUGGGUACCUGGUCAUCGGAAGCAUCCAUGAAGAAACCCUCACAGAUCGUCAGCGAAUGCUUUGGGCCUGCAGCUGAGCUCGUUAUGUCGACGAGCACUGAGGUACUUCCUCCCUCAAGUGAUGAGCGAGCCACAGUAUUCCAGCAGUAUGCAAUAUUCGCAGAGCGACAAUACCAUGCCAUCUCGAAGUCACCCGACGCUUUGCGUUGGAAGCUUUAUGUCGACCGCAAAAGGGAAGAGAUCAAGCAACGCGGUCGGCAAAUGGCUCAUCUAUCUCAAACCUCCGCCGAGUAUCAGAACUUGAACAGAGAGCAAGGCCGUGCACAAACGCUGUUAAGGGGGGAUCUGGAGCGUUCGAGGGAGCACCUGAGCCAGCGGACGUCGUUCCUCACUUCCGCUGUCGAGAUGUACUCUCGCUGUCUCGCUGCCUCCGACAAGUUUGACGAGGACUCCCCAAUCCGUCUUUGCUCUCUCUGGCUCGCCAACUUCGACAGUGAUGACCCGGCGCUCCGAUUCGGCGCAGCUCUGGACCUUGUCCCGUCGCGUAAAUUCGUCUUCCUUGCACAUCAGUUGACGGCGCGUCUGUCGAAGUCGGACAGCGAUCAGACCAAUCAUAAUCAAGAGAUUCUGCAAGGCCUCAUCCAGCGCAUGGGUUCCGAGCACCCCUUCCACAGUCUUUUCCCCCUCUACUGCCUCAAGGGGGACCACACACCUUCACGGACUUCCGGCAUCACGAGGAGACAAUCUGGUCGUUUCGGGACCCCCGCUCCUCCAUCGCAGGUCGACCGAGCCGCCGCUGUUUCUGAUCUGUUUGACAGACUUCGCUGCGAUCCCAGAGCGGGAAAGCGUGUGAGGGCUGUAGAGCGUGUAUGUGAUGCCUCACUUGAGUGGGCGAAGCAUCCGAUCAAGCACCUUUUCGGGAAAGGGACACGGAUGCCGUCCUCCCUCCCGGUCCCCGAACAAGUGCUCAUUCGGAAGCUUAAGGACAUUCAGGUCCCUGUCGUCACCGCAGCAACUCCAAUUGAUCCUACGACCGAGUACCGAGACUGUGUCUGGAUAUCUCAUUUCGACGGGCAGUACUCGACCGCUGGAGGAGUGAACUUGCCGAAGAUCCUCAAAUGUUAUGGAAGCAACGGAAAGGCCUACAAACAGUUGUACAAGGGCGAAGGUGAGGAUGACCUUCGACAGGACGCGGUCAUGGAGCAAGUGUUCGACCUGGUCAACGUUGUGCUCCGCCACGAUCGUGAAACUCGGCGACGGAAGCUUGGCGUCCGUGGGUACAAGGUCAUUCCCCUAGCGGCCCAAGCGGGUGUCUUGGAAUUCGUGGACAACACUACUCCCCUGGCGAAUUGGCUUAGACCGGCGCAUCAGAGGUAUCGGCCCACAGAUUUGACACUCGAUGAAUUCAGCAAGGAGUUCAUGGGGAGCAAUGGCAAGUAUUCCAAACAGUGGCGCGUAAAUCCUCAAGAGGUCAUCGAUCGGUUCGCUCGCGUACGACAGCGCUUUCAACCCGUCAUGCGGCACUACUUCACCGAGAAGCACAAAACGCCGAUGUCGUGGUUUGCGAUGCGUUUGCACUAUGCCCGGAGCGUCGCUACCAAUUCGAUAGUGGGACACAUCCUAGGCCUCGGCGACCGUCACACUUCCAACAUCCUCAUCGACAACAAGACGGGGGAGGUCGUCCAUAUCGAUCUCGGUAUCGCUUUCGAACAGGGCAAACUACUCCCGCAGCCGGAGCGCGUCCCCUUCCGCUUAACGGCGGACAUGGUCGAUGGGCUGGGUAUCUCCGGGACGCAGGGCGUGUUCCAGAGAUGCGCCGAGGAGACGCUGCGUGUCUUGCGCGAUGGUUCAGAGACCAUCCUGACUGUUCUCGAGGUAUUCAGAUACGACCCUCUGCAUUCCUGGACCGCGAGCGAAUUCAAGAUCAAGCGGGCACAAGCCGCACAGCCCGACGAGACAGCCCAGCUUACUGGCGAAGCCUUUAGGUUCGCUGUCGGCCUCGACAUGGCGAGCGGCGCUACAGAUGAAGCUGCCGAUCGCGCGCUGUCGACCGUUGCUCGAAAGCUGGACAAGACACUGAGCGUAGAGUAUACUGUCAACGAGCUGAUCACCGAGGCAAGCGACCCAGCGAAUCUUGCACUAAUGUAUAUCGGAUGGGCUCCGCACAUGUGAGGAGAACCAUGCUACGACCUAAUUACGACUAUCAUCACCAUAAAUUAUGCAUGCUCAUCACGCAUCACGGUCCGACAUGCACACACC